AGCAUUUGUUGCACGAAGACCACCUCGCGGAAAUGAGCCGGUUUCGGAAUCUCACGAACCCAACCGUCCGGUUCGCGAUCGCGGAGGACUUCGCCCGGCGGCAAAUGCGCGCGCGAGCCCUUUGCGAACUCGACGUGCCGGCGGAACCGGACUUUUUUCCGGAGAUGCAGCUGUUCGACGACCAGGAGGAUUCGCCGAUUUUCUACCCACAAAUGCUGACAACCGUGAACUACCCGACGCCUGCGGGGGCCGGGAAUGUGGUCGGUGAUCGUGAGGAAGUAACUGACCUUCAGUUUUCAUCCCAGUCGUCGAAUUUUUCUCGAAGUGGUGAAACAGCAGGAAGUAGCCUGGACCAGAUCCGCUCGUCGCAGACGCGGCGGUUCACGCGCAUCUUCGACCUGAACGCAGAUGCCCGAGUUGCGGUGUAUGAGGUGGGAACGGUGUGCGAGCCGUUUAUUAUGGACCUCCUGGUGAACAACGGAUUGUCGAAGUUCUUUCUCCUCGAUUGCUUUUACCGGAAAGUGACGGGUCGUGGUAGUUUGUUCGCAGUGUCACAGGGGCCGUUCGGCCCGGAAAUCGAAGGAUUAGCUGCACACGAGUCUUCUCGUCCCUACGAUCUUGCCAUCAGCGUCGGACCGGAAUUUUCUGGUCUCGGAUCGAACGAGAAGAAGGAUCAGGUGUUUUCCGCGCUGCAGAGGGAGAGCCGUGCGGGGGUCGGCGAGGAAAAGGAAGACUGCGACUGGCAGGGGGGCAAGCAUCGUCUACUUAGUGGACUCGAUUUGCAAAACCGGCGCGAACAAAUCAGCAAGGAUAUCGACAAGCUGCUGAAGCACAAGGGUCAAUCGCGACAAACGCACGGCCACAAAAGUAUAGGGCCGCUUCAUGAGGACCAAGAAGCCUUGCGGUUCCUCAUAGAAGAGCUACCCGCGGACCGGAAAGCACAUUUAUGGCAGACAGUGCACCGCGGGCAUGCGCUGUUGAUCCACUUCUAUGAAAAGAUCGAGGCCUUCCUUAAGUUUCUAGAAAGUCACAACAAUCUUCACCACGAAAAUCUGGUCGCACGUCGAUUGGCGCCUCACUUUUUGUUCAGUCCUGUCGAUGCGGAAGUCCUCCAGCACCUGGCAAAGAGGAGUUUAAAAGAUGACACUGGCUGGAAUGUUUUCGAGUCCUACGGCUUACCUGUGCUGACCGGCAAGGCCAACUUAGACGGGGACAACUUCGACAAGACGGGCGACGCCCUCUAUAAGAGCAGUACGGACGCGGCCGCUCGCGCCACUCUGCAAUAUAAAUCGCAGGUCCGUGGCAACCGAGGGCAGAGGGACGAAUAUCAAUAUGUGUAUUUUCCGUGGAAAAAGUAG